GAAAGAUGGAAAUGAUGUAUAGGAGAACUCUUCUUUGUUUUCUGUUCUUCUUUUCAUGUACCCUUCUUCUUCAGCAGCAAGCCUUUGCAGACAAAAAAUCUUAUGUUGUUUAUCUUGGUGGUCAUUCUACCAACUCUAAUGAGGAGAUUAUUGUGAAUUCUCAUCAUGAACUCUUAGGAUCAGUCAUGGGAAGUAAGGAGAAGGCCAAAGAAGCAAUAUUUUACUCUUAUACAAAGGCAAUCAAUGGAUUUGCUGCAGUGAUGGAAGAAGAUGAAGCAAAAGAGAUCUCAAAGAAUCCGGAAGUUUUAUCGGUGUUUGAAGAUAAAGCUAAAAUGCUUUACACAACUCACUCUUGGGAUUUCGUUGGUCUCCCCAACAACAUCCCAGCUUCAUCUCUGAUUCCGAAUGUGAAUGGCAGCACUGAUGUAAUCAUCGCACACCUUGACACUGGUGUUUGGCCUGAAUCAAAGAGCUUCAGUGAUGAUGGAAUGGCUCCAAUCCCAUCAGAAUGGAAGGGAAUUUGUCAGAAUGAAAACAUAACAAAAAAUUUUACCUGCAACAAGAAAUUGAUUGGAGCAAGGUACUACUAUGUUGGUUAUCUCAAAAAUGGUGGUUCGACUAAAAACACUAAGAUUGGCCCCCGUGACGACAUAGGACAUGGGACUCACACACUCUCCACCUCUGGCGGGGCCAUGAUUCCCAAUGUCAGCUUCUUCGGCUUUGCCAACGGCACAUUGAGGGGUGGCUCACCUCAUGCUCGUGUUGCCAUGUAUAGGGUGUGCUGGCAAGACGGAGGAUGCUACGAUACUGAUGUACUUGCAGCAUUUGAUGAUGCAAUAAAUGACGGUGUCAAUUUGCUAUCAAUAUCUCUCGGUGCUGAUCCAGCGCCUUAUUACGAAGAUUCAAUCGCCAUUGGAUCAUUUCAUGCCAUCCAGAAGGGUAUCAUGGUUAUCUGUGCGGCAGGAAAUUCUGGCCCUUACUCAGCAACAGUUACCAAUGCCGCACCUUGGAUUUUCACUGUCGCAGCUGGCACCACAGAUAGAGAACUUCUUUCAAUUCUUCAAUACAAUGGAAAAUCCAUCAAUGGAGUGUCACUUACACAAGGACUUCCAAGCAAUAAACCUUACCCAAUUAUCACUUCAACAAAAGCUUUUUUAAAUUCAUCGAGUGACAAUCUUACUGAUGCUUGCCUGCUGGAUACUUUAGACCCUGCUAAGGUGAAAGGUAAAAUUAUUGCCUGCAAUAUAGGCCCAGAAACGAUUAAAUCUCAGAUCAAUGAAGUAAAAAGAGCAGGCGGCGUCGGAGUAGUUCUUGUGAAUGAUGUCACAUUUGGCGAUCAACUCUUGGGAUAUCCUUUUAACCUCACCACCAUCAAUAUCGGUUAUGAUGAUGGUCAAAAUCUCUACAAAUACCUCGCUUCUAACAAGUCGGCAAUGGCUUAUAUUUUAUGUGAAUUAACUACGUUUGGAAACAAACCAGCGCCGCAAAUAGCUGAUUUCUCGUCUCGAGGACCGAACAUUAUCAAUGAAGAGAUCCUCAAGCCAGAUAUCAUGGCACCAGGAUUUGAAAUUCUUGCCUCAUAUUCGGAGGCUGUAAGCCCGUUUGAAGAUCCUUCAGAUUCACUUCAUUAUCCUUAUGCUUUCUUGUCGGGCACAUCAAUGGCAACCCCUCAUGUUUCGGGUCUCGCUGGUCUUCUCAAAAGCUUAAACCCUACUUGGAGCCCUGCUAUGAUCAGAUCAGCAAUCAUGACUACUGCUACUAUUCUUGAUAACAAAGGCGGUGUCAUCACUGAUAUGGCAUCUAUGGCCCCUGGCACACCAUUUGAUUAUGGAGCUGGACAAAUACAAGCUAGCAAAGCAAUGGAUCCUGGGCUGGUUUAUGAUUUGACUCCUCAAGACUAUGUGAAUUUCUUGUGUGCACUUGGUUACAAUUCAACUGAGACGAAACUGUUCAUUGGUAAACAAAAAUGCCCUUCGACACCGAUAGAAAUCCAAGACUUGAACUACCCUUCCAUCACCAUUGCUAAUCUUUCUGGUACUGUGAUAAUAAACCGGACAUUAACCAAUGUAGGAGACGAAGGCAAGUACAAUGUCUCCUAUGUCGCACCAAAAGGCACAUCAAUGAUGGUGCUCCCGACUAAGCUGAACUUCGGCAAAUCUGGUGAUUCCAAAAAAUAUCUAGUUUUUGUUACUGCAGUCAAUCACACAAACAACGACUAUCAGUUUGGAAUGCUUACUUGGUCUGAUGGGAAGCAUUCAGUGAAAACUCCUUUGGCCGUGAAGAUGCAUCAUAAGUAAUGUUUGUAUUCAGAUUGAAUGGUUUCAUUUAGUGGUGUUCUUCUAUUGCUUGGGUUAGUUUUAGGAUUUAUGAAAUAAAAGUGAUUCAAAGAA